GUGAGCUAUUGAUUGGGCAGCUUGAAUGCCAGUCAAGUCCGUGAGUUCCGGUUCUCUUAGUCCCGCCCUAAAGCGGCUUCAGUCCACUUUGCAGCUAGAAGGAUGUGCGCCUGCGCACUAAAAAUCGCUGUCCACUCUUCCUAUUGGCUCAUGUCUGGGGCUGAGGAAUACGAAAUCUCCAGCCAAUAGGAACGGAGGUGUCGGAGCCGCAGGUUGGUGUCCCCAGCUGGGGUGAUCUGGCGCAGAGUGGAGGAGGCGCUUGGGGCUCGCUCCUGCUCCUCCCCUCUCCUUGCGGCCUCCCGGAGGUCGGCCCAGCUCCUGUGGCAUCCCGUGAAAUGUGGAUGACGCCCAAGAGGAGCAAAAUGGAAAUCGACGAGUCUCGGGGGUUCCGGGCCGAGUGGACCCAGCGGUACCUAGUGGUGGAGCCUCCGGAGGGCGAGGGCGCCCUGUGCCUGGUGUGUCGCCGCCUGGUCGUAGCCACCGGCGAACCCGACGUCAGGCACCACUACGAGGCCGAGCACGACUAUUACGAGCGGUAUGUGGCGGAGGGCGAGCGCGCGGCCCUGGUGGAGCGUCUGCGUCAGGGCGACUUGCCCGAGGCCGCCCCGCUCACUCCGGAGGAGAGAGCUGCUCGUGCAGGUCUCGGGCUCGCCCGCCUCUUGGCCUUGAAGGGUUGCGGCUGGGGCGAGGGGGACUUUGUACACCGGUGCAUGGAGGUGAUGCUGAGAGAUGUGCUGCCCGAUCACGUAAGCGUUCUGAAUGGCAUUGAUUUGUCUCCGGAGAUCACGCGGCAGAGGGUCCUGGAUAUUAACCAAAAUCUACGCAGUCAGCUUUUUAACCGAGCCAAGGACUUUAAAGCCUAUUCCCUUGCCUUGGACGACCAGGCUUUUGUGGCCUAUGAGAACUACCUCCUGGUCUUUGUCCGCGGCGUAGGCCACGAUUUGGAGGUGCAAGAAGAGCUUCUGACCAUAAUCAACCUGACUCAUCACUUCAGUGUUGGUGCCCUCAUGGCGGCAAUCCUUGAGGCCCUGCAGACGGCAGGGCUUAGCCUGCAGCGGAUGGUUGGACUGACCACGACCCACACUCUGAGGAUGAUUGGUGAGAACUCAGGACUGGUGUCAUACAUGAGAGAAAAGGCUGUAAGCCCCAACUGUUGGAAUGUGAUCCAUUAUUCAGGAUUUCUUCACUUGGAACUGUUGAGCUCCUACGAUGUAGAUGUUAAUCAAAUCGUAAAUGCCAUAUCUGAAUGGAUAGUUUUGAUUAAGACCAGAGGCGUUAGGCGGCCGGAAUUUCAGGCUUUACUAACUGAAUCUGAAUCAGAGCACGGUGAAAGGGUUAAUGGACGCUGUCUGAACAACUGGCUUAGAAAAGGAAAGACUUUAAAACUAAUAUUUUCCUUAAGAAAAGAGAUAAAAACAUUCUUGGUUUCGAUAGGGGCAACAACGGUCCAUUUCACAGACAAGGAAUGGCUUUGUGACUUUGGCUUCUUGGUGGAUAUUAUGGACCACCUUCGAGAACUCAGCGAACUAUUGAGAGUGAGUAAAGUCUUUGCUGCUGCUGCCUUUGACCAUAUUUGUGCCUUUGAAGUGAAGCUGAAUUUACUUCAGAGACAUAUCGAGGAAAAAAAUCUAACACACUUUGCCACCUUGAGCCAAGUUGUUGAUGAGCUUAAAGGGCAUCUUCAAGAAGACGAAAAAAUACUCGAUCCUGAUAGGUAUCGAGUGGUGAUCUGUCGCCUACAAAAAGAGUUUGAGAGACAUUUCAAGGACCUCAAGUUCAUUAAAAAGGACUUAGAGCUUUUUGCAAAUCCAUUUAGCUUUAAACCUGAAUAUGCACCUAUUUCAGUAAGGGUGGAGCUAACAAAACUUCAGGCAAAUACUAACCUUUGGAACGAAUACAGAACCAAAGACUUAGGGCAGUUCUAUGCUGGAUUGUCUGCUGAAUCUUACCCGAUUAUCAAAGGGGUUGCCUGUAAGGUGGCAUCCUUGUUUGAUAGUAGCAAAAUCUGUGAAAAGGCUUUUUCAUAUUUGACUCGAAACCAACACACUUUGAGCCAGCCAUUGACAGACGAACACCUCCAUGCCCUGUUUCGGAUUGCCACCACUGAAACAGAGCCGCUUUGGGAUGAUCUUGUGAGAGGAAGAAAUGAAUCAAAUCCAUAAACUUUUGUAGUACAACAUUGAAACACUCAGCAAGAAUCCAAUUCUAAAAGCAAACAUCUGUUUGAUUUUCAAGUUUACUAAUUUGGAUUGUGGGAAAGCACCACAUUAUUCAUCCAAAUGAAUCACAAUUCAGAUUCUUCAGACAUUUUUUUUUCCAUCUCAAGAGGCAGCAUGGGACUGAAACAUGCAGACCUUUUUUUAAAACUUAAUUUGAUGGCAAAGUCAUUAUCUUUUGCUUUUAUGAUAUAACUGUUUUUAAAGACAUUUAGUACUAAUAAUGUGAGUUGAAUUAGAAGUCUGUUUUUAAGGUGUUUCGUAGAAACUUUAGCUCUUAUUUUAACAAAGUGUUAAAAUUCUGAUGCAUAUAGUCGGAAAUUAUCAACUGCUUAAAUAUAUGUUUGAGCCAGUUUGCAGAAACUCACAUAGCAAGUGCAGAAUUUUCUGAAAAGGAGGAACGUGCAUACAGUGGAGGUAUUUUGUCGAACUAUCAGAAUGUUUGAGACUAUUUUUUUUAGACAUAUUUCUGAGUCAAAGUAAAUAUUGACAUAUUUCCUCCUUCUCACCUCCCUCCCACCCGCCCUAGCGAUAAUGAUAUUACUAAUACAGAAAAUAAGUACGUAAAAUUUUAGUCAGAGGAGCAAGAAUUUUUUUUAAAUUGCUAGUUUAGGAGGCUUCCUGCAGUCUGGAGAUCAGACUAACCAAUUUUUGGAGGUUUCCCCUGAAUUUUUCACAAUUGGGUGCUGUUUUAUGAGCUUGCCUACUAAAGGACUACGGUAAGUAUAGACUCUUAGGGGUUGCCCACUAGUAAUUCUUUUUUCUACUCUAGACAGUUUGGCCCUGUCAAAAAAGGAUGAGGAAAAAAAGAUGUUUGCAUCCCAGGAUCAGGAGGUGUGAGAUAUUUUAGCUAAUUUGUCCCAUCUGCAUGAGUGUUGCAGCUUUAUAAAGAAAUCCUGCUUAAAGGAAACCCUUUAUUUUAAAGUGAUAUAAUAUCAAAUGUUGUUUGUUGCUGGAAAUGGAUUUAUUAUAAAUUUGACACUAUCCCACACAUUGUGUAUUUAAGACAGUGCACAAGUGGAAAUAUUUAACUCUCAAGAAGCAGCUUUAUUUACAGAUUGUAGCACUUCGUAUUUCUAAGUGAUACAUCUGCUUUGUGCUAAAACAGUAAUUUUCAAACUUAUGUUAACCAUGAAAAGGAAAUCUUACAGUAAAGCCAAAUAUGUGAAAUGAUUUAAGAAGAGGACCCAACUUAGAGAUCCUCUCAAGUACAACUUGAAAACUUGUGUUCAAGUCCUGUCUUAACUAUUGUAAUGAAUUUUUGUGUGGCCACUAAUUCAGCAAAUUCAAGGAACCAGAAUACAAACAAGAAUUUAGAAGGAACUGAAGCCUGAGCUAUCAAAAUAGAUGCCAUAAAGAGCCCAAGAACCAAAAUUCUGCCAGUGGUUCUCAACCAGAGACAGUAUGCCCUCUUUCCAGAGGAUGUUGGGAGACAUAAAGGGGACUGUUUUAAUUGUCACACUUAUUGAGGGAAGUUCUGCUGGCACGUAAGCGUGAACGACACCCCAUCCCCCACAGUGCAUAGGACAGCACAGCACAAUAAAGACUUAUUCCUCCCAAAGUGCCAGUAGACCCCCUGUGUAGAUCCUCUUAUAUUUCGAGGGACAGGGCAAAUUACCGGUAGAAGCAGAAUUAGAAGGGCAAGUUGGGAAAACUGAUAAUACUUGAUAGGGGAAACUAAUUCCAACAUUCCAAGUUGGCUGGUAAGAUGCAAUCAAGGCCUUGCUAGGUUCUGGUAGCUCACAAUAGCAUUUAUAAAUCAGUAAUUGGUAUUGAACCAGAUUAAAGGGCUCUGUUCUAUUAUACAUAAUUGGUUUAGGGCAGAAAAGAACGUGUAAUGUAUUACUAAAAUACGUAGCAAGAAGGGUCAGGUUAAGAUUUGGGUUAACAGGAAGUAAACUUAAAUAUCUGGAAAAACAACAUAGUGAAAAACCAAACAACAACAACAAAAAUCUACCGGUAAUUUCCCAAUAGUUUGGAGUAUUGUCUUUCGUGGCAGGUGCUUUAUUGAAAGGAUAAUUGGAAGACCUGAAAGCUGCUUUGGCUUUCUAACCCCAGUUCCUUAAAUAUUGAACUCUUGUACAUUUUGUGAAGUUCCACUAUAUAUUUUGCUUAAGGUAAUAAUAAGAUUAGUUAUAUAGUCAGUGAAUGUGGGGGAGGCAUAAGCUAAGAAUUUUAAAUUCACCCUGAACAAUAGAGAAUUACCAUAAACUAGUCUUUGUAAAAAAGAAAAACAAAGUGUGUAUUUUACUGUUUUCUGUACUAAGUAAUUCUGUAGCUGCAUGGCAGUCUUUAAAAAUUUCUUUUUAUAAAAUAGUUGUUACUUGUCCUGUUGUAUCAGUGAAUAUAGUUAAAAUAAGUAGUAUUUUUAAAAAACUCUAUGUCCCCAUAUCUCCCAUUCCUACUAGUUUUCUUAAAAGAUUUGUCUGUGUUUCCACUCUCCCAUAUUGCUACUGAGACUGCUCUACCAAGCUUACUAAGUCCUUGUCAAUAUUCCUACCCUCUUUACACCACUGGCCACCCUUCAUUAAAUACUUGUUUAGUUUGGCUUCAGGGAGAUACCAUCUCCAAGUAUGCUUUCUCAGUCUUCUUUGCAGGCACCUCUUUCCCUUAAACAUCUGUGUCCUUGGGAUUUUUAAAUUUGGUUUUAAGCUGUCUUAUUCUCCAUCAUCUCCGUAGCUGAUCUCUUUUUUCUUUCAUGGCUUCACUUACCAACUUUACGCACAUGACUCCCAAAUUCAUAUCUCCUUUCUAGACCUUUCCUGAUUCCUAUAUCUAAUUGCUAACUUAAGUCCACUUUGCUGUCUCAUAGGUACCACAACAUGUCCUUGACCUUGCCCCCCAGACCUGCUCCUCCUUUCCUGGUCCCUCUCUCGGUAAACGGCACCACCACUGCCAACCAUUCAGUUGCCCUGACCCAAGCCCCAAACCCAGUUAGCCAUGACUUUUCCCUCUUCAUCCAUCACAUCCACUCACACACACCUUUCCGUUAAGUCUGUUGCCUAAACUUUUCUUGAUUCUACAAUGCUACCAUCCUGAUCAAGGCCAUCAACCUACCUAAGUUAUAGCACUGGCCUUCUCAGGCUCCAUUUCUCUGGUUGUGAGCCCUUUCACACUGCAGCCAGAUUGUUCCAAAAGACGUUAUCUGUCAUAUCACUCCUCUGCUUUCACCACUGCUCUUGGGAUAAGGCUGUUCAAGUUUCAGUUUAUAUGCCACUUCCUCUAGGAAGCCUUCAUCAAUACCCUCUAGACUAGGUGCCCCUACUGUGCACUCCCUAAAUACCCUGUUCUUCCCCAGCCGUAUACUUAGCACACUUUGUUGUUCCUUCUUGUUGAUCAGUGCUAGACUGUAAGCUUCACAAGGACUGGGACCAUAUAUAUGCCUGCGCACUGCUAUAUCUAGUGCUUAGCACAAUGCCUGACAUUUCAAUAAAUGUUUGGAUGAAUAAAUACUUGUAUAGUGCUUUAUGAUCUUUGCAGCCCUUUCAUAGUCUCCUUUGACCUUCACAGUGGUCCUGCCGUACCUGCUUGCUGGGUAAUUGUUAUCCACAUAUUACAAAUCAAGAAAUGAAACUAAGUUCUUUGUGACUAGGGAAUUGUAUUCCUAGAAUUUAGUUCAGUGCUUGGUGUGUGGUUCAAAUAUUUACUAUGUGAAUGUUGUUGAGGAAAACAACUUAGAUUGCAGUUUGCCUUAGUAAACGUAAGUAGUAAAGCUGAGUAUACUCACAUAAAUCCGCCAUGUAAUAUUGUCUUUACCUCCUUGAUGUAGAAGUCUUAAUUUUUUUUUUUUUAAUUUCUAAAGGGAGGCUUGCAAAGGAACCUGGAUGAGAAAGAUUGGACAACUAUUUAGUGGACUAAAACAAUACCUCAGUAAUUAAAAAGUUGCAUUCAGUAUUGGAAAAAGAUAAUGCUGCUUAAGAGUUAAUAUCCAUUUUCCUUCUGUAAGCAUCAACCCUAGGAGAAAAUGGCAUCUUAUUUACUUCUUCUUUUCCUUUACAGAUAAUUUCUGGCUCUUCUGGGAUUUUAAAGAUAGAUUCUCUGCCUUCCAGAUUCUCUCGGGACAGUUUCAUCACUCCAUUAACAUGCAUCGCCCCUGCAUAAGUUAUUUCUUCCAUCUUCCACUAGCAAUUCCUGAAUGCCUGCCAACUAAGCCAAUGUUCAGUACGCUAGGUUUUUCGAAAACAGAACCAGUUUCUGUAUCAGAAUGGGCUAGGUUGCUGUGCGGUAACAACCCCAAAAUCCCAGCUUUUCUCUUGUAGCUUGGCUAGGGGCUUUGCUCUAAGUCAGGGAUUGAAGAACUAUGGCCAUGGGCAAAAUCUGUCCUGCUGCCUGUUUCUGUAAAUAAAGUUUUAUUGGAAAAUACCCUUGCCCGUUUGUUUAUGUAUUGUCUGGCUGCUUUUGCUCUACAGUGUCAGAGUCGCGUAGUUGUGGAAGAAAGUGUCUGGCCCACAAAGUCUAAAAUAUUUACUGUGUGACCCUUUACAGAAAAUGUUCACUGAUCCUGCUCUAAGUGGUCCUCAUUCUAGGACUCAGGCUGACCAAGCAGUUGUCAUGUAUGGUGUGGCUACUCAUUUUGGGAAAUGAAAAAGUCUGACAAAUCACUUACAGGCCAGCCCUUAAAGCACUUUCACUGGCCAAAGGAAAUCACAUGGCCACACCAAAGUUCAAGGAGGAGUGUAAUCCUUCCUCGUGCCUUGGAAGAGAACCCGAAAUAUUUGGAAGACAAUACUACCGACUACACAUAUAGUUAUAUCUCCCUAUUUGUAAAAUUUCUUUGAAAGUAUUUUUUCUUUUUAAUUGAGGUGAAAUUACAUUCAGUAAAAUGCAAAUAUUUAAUGUACACCUCAGUGGAUUUUUAUAUACACCCUUGAACCCAUCACCCAAAUCAAGAUACUGAACAUUUCUAGUACCCCAGUCAGUGCCCUGUGCCCCACCACACACACAAAUAACCGCUAUUCUGACCUUUAUCACCAUGGAUUACCUUUGUCUGUUUUAAAGCUUCAUGGAAAUGUAAUAAUUAUAUGUACUCUUUUGUUCAACAUUGUGUCUGUGAGUCAUCCAUGUUGCAUGUAGCAGCAAUUCGUUUUUUACUUCUGUGUAGUAUACCAUUGUAUGACUUAUACCACAAUUUAUGAAUCCAUUCUACUGUUGAUGGAAAUUUUGGUUGUUUCCAGUUUGUGGUUAUUAUGAAUAAAGUUGCUAUGAACA